GACCGCGCGAGCGCUAGGGAGGCACUGGAGAUCGAGCCGGCCAGCAAUAGGAUGGCCGCUACGGGGACGGAACGGAGGGCUUUCGCUCACAAAAUUAACAGGACUGUAGCAGCUGAUGUCAGGAAGCAAGUGUCUCGGGAGUAUGGCGGCUCACCCCAGCUGUCAAAGAAACGCAGCAGCUCUCAGCAGUCAGUGCCCCUGACUGAGGUGGUAGAGCCCAUUGACUUUGAAGAUUAUCUGAGCACACAUCCGCCUGCCGCUGAGCCUGGGCCUCUUAGGGAGCUCAUUGAGUUCCCCUCCGAUGACAUUGAGUUGGUGCUAGAGCCUAAGGAGUGCCGCACUUUGGAAAACACCCUGCCUGAUGAGGAGAUCUUGGAUUUGCGAGUGAGGGACGCACUGGGAGUGUACACAGAUGACUGGCUCAUUGUCCAUCGGAAGUAUCAACGGUUUAGCACAAUCUAUAACGCCAACAUAUCGGAAAAACUCAGAGAGAGACAGAAAGGCUUAACAAAGCAAACCUUUGAGUUGGAUGAAGUUGUGGAUGACCGCAGCAGUCAGGAUGAGCAGGAGGACCUGAAGCGGCGCUCCGUCUCCUUGGAUGACACGCCGCGAGGCAGCUGGGCCUCCAGCAUCUUUGACCUGAAGAACUCGACCGCUGACAACCUACUGCCCAGUCUACUGGAUCGCACCGCGGUGGACGACAUCGACCGGCGUAACCAGGAGCAGAGGAAGGACAGUCGGCUCCCCGAGCUGCUAUGCCUUUUCCCAGCUCCUGAUGAGGAUGAAGCAAUUGAGCGCUGCACAAUUCCGGAGGUCCCUAAGGAGCACUUGGGGCAAAGGAUCAUGGUCAAAUGCUUGUCAUUAAAGUUUGAAAUUGAGAUUGAGCCCAUCUUUGGAAGCCUCGCUCUCUAUGAUGUAAAAGAAAAAAAGAAGAUCUCAGAGACGUUCUACUUCGACCUCAACUCGGAUCAGAUGAAGACAAUGCUGCGGCCGCACACUCCUCACACUGCCAUCUCCACCAUGUCGAGGUCGGCCAUCUUUUCUAUCACCUACCCCUCCCCAGAGAUCUUCCUAGUCAUCAGGCUCGAGAAGGUUCUACAGCAGGGUGACAUUGGCGAGUGCUGCGAGCCAUAUAUGGUGAUGAAGGAGUCGGACUCCACUAAGCACAAGGAGAAGGUGGAGAAGCUGCGGUGUCAGGCGGAGCAGUAUUGCACACGGCUCGGCAAGUACCGCAUGCCUUUUGCCUGGACGGCCAUUCACCUGAUGAACAUUGUGAGCAGCGCCGGGAGCCUGGAUCGUGGUGACUCUGACUCGGAAAGCGAACGGAAGGGGACGUGGACCGAGCGCAAGAGGAAGACAUUUGAAAGGAUGAGUGUGGGAGAAGAGUUAUGCAGCUUCACCUCCUUCAGACCUGCCACCCUCACUGUGACCAACUUCUUCAAGCAGGAGGGUGACCGCCUGCGUGAUGAAGACCUGUACAAGUUCCUGGCAGAUAUGCGGAGACCCUCGUCGGUGUUGAGGCGACUGCGGCCCGUCACAGCUCAACUAAAGAUUGACAUCUCCCCAGUGCCAGACAGCCCUCCUUACUGCCUGUCCCCAGAACUGCUGCACGUCAAGCCUUAUCCUGAUCUACGCAUCAGACCCACCAAGGAGGUGCUGGAAUUCCCUGCCCGGGAGGUCUACAUCCCAUACACCACUUACAGAAACCUGCUCUACGUCUACCCCCAGAAUCUGAACUUCAGUAGCCGUCAGGGCUCUGUGAGGAACAUUACUGUCAAGGUGCAAUUCAUGUGCGGCGAGGACCCCAGCCAGGCGAUGCCAGUGAUUUUUGGAAAGUCGAGCUGUGCAGAGUUCUAUAAAGAAGCCUACACGCCUGUCAUCUAUCAUAGCAAGUCUCCAGAGUUUUAUGAAGAAAUAAAGAUGAAGAUUCCAGCCAACUUGACUGAGAACCACCACCUGCUCUUCACCUUCUACCACAUCAGCUGCCAACAGAAACAGAACACCCCUCUGGAGACGCCAGUCGGCUACACGUGGAUCCCACUGAUGCAGCAUGGUCGCCUGCGCACCGGCGUCUUCAGCCUACCAGUGUCCAUCGAGAAGCCUCCUCCCAGCUACUCAGUCCUCACUCCUGACGUGCAGUUACCCGGUAUGAAGUGGGUGGACAAUCACAAGGGGGUCUUCACAGUGGGCGUGACCGCCGCCUCCUCAGUUCACACUCAGGAUGCCCACCUGGACAAGUUCUUCACACUGGUACAUGUCUUGGAGGAGUACUCAUUCCCGCUCCGCCUGAAAGAUGUCAUCAUCACAGAGAACAAUGUGGAGUCUGAGCUCAAGUCCAGCAUCACCCAGCUGAAGUGUGCCAACCUGGAAACCACCGUGUGCUUCAUCCAUCAUAUCCUCAACAAGCUCAUUUUGCUCAUUGUGCACCCGCCAGUCAUUGGAGGACAAAUGGUGAAUUUGGGCCGAGCAGCCUUUGAAGCCAUGGCGCUCAUUGUUAAUCAGAUCCACAAAAAUCUUGAGGGGAACCAGGACCAACACGGGCGCAACAGCCUGUUGGCUUCCUACGUCCACUACUGUUUCCACCUGCCAAGUUUUGAUCCUGGACUGCAUGGAGGCCUGGCAGGCAGUCCGCCUUAUGGGGGUCCCAUCCAGUAUGCCACCCUUUCCCGAGCCACCGGGAGGCCCAGCAGCCUCAACCUCUCUCGCUCAAAGAGCAUCAGUAACAGCAAUCCUGAUCUGGCCACCACGCCACAUUCACCAGACGAGGAAGUACAAAAGAUCAUCGGGAACAAGGGCAUCGAUCGCUCUCACUCAUGGGUGAACUCUGCUUAUGCUCCGGGUGGUCCCAAGGCUGUGCUGCGGAGGAACCAGCCCAUUUCCAGUGGUGACCUCAAGCAGGCCGCUGAGCGGUGCCCUAACCGCAUGUCUGCUUUUGUCGACGCCGCCACUUUCUCCACCUCCACCCAGGCGCGGCAGAUCGCCCGAAAGCUGCUCCAUGAAGAACUGGCUCUCCAGUGGGUGGUCAGCACAAGCUCGGUCCGAGAGGCCGCCUUGCAGCAAGCCUGGUUUUUCUUUCAGCUCAUGGUGAAAAGCAUGACCCACCACUUGUACCUGACUGAAAAGCUGGAUACCCCCCGCAAGAUGAGGUUCCCUGACCGUUUUGUGGAUGACAUUUCAGCUUUGGUGGGAGCCAUCAGUGUUGACAUUUCCAGCCGGGCCCACAAGGACGUGGAGCUGAUGGAGCGCUUGAAUGCCAACCUGGCUUUCUUUCUGAAUGACCUACUCUCAUUGAUGGACCGAGGGUUUGUCUUCAGCCUCAUCCGCACCUACUGCAAGCAGAUUGGCAACAAACUUCAGGCGACACAGAAUCCUAAUUCCUUGAUCUCCCUGCGGAUGGACUUCUUGCGUAUUGUGUGCAGCCACGAGCACUACGUCACCUUGAACCUGCCAUGCAGUGCCCUCAGCCCUCCAGCCUCUCCUUCGCCCUCCAUCUGCUCGGCCACAUCUCAGAGUUCGGCCUUCUCCAGCCAUGUGCAGGACCUGCGCAUAUCCAACAUGUUUGAGUUGUCCGUGCCUUUCCGCCAGCAACACUUUCUGUCAGGCCUCCUGCUUACAGAGUUGGCACUGAUUUUGGAGCCUGAUGGAGAAGGGGUUUUCUUCUUACACAAGAAGGCCAUCAGCUCAAUUCACAACCUCUUGUGCUCCCAUGACACGGACCCUCGUUACACUGACCCCGAAGUCCGGGCCCAGAUAGCUCAAUUGUACCUGCCACUCAUUGGAAUUGUCAUGGAGAGCCUUCCACAGCUGUAUGACUUCACAGAAAGCCACAUUCCUAGGGUCCGCCAUGCUUCUGCUCCCAACAGUGAUGACAUUGACUUGGAAAAUGGCAGCAUGAUUAGCCAGUCAGUUGCCAUGGCGAUUGCAGGCUCUCCGCUGCCCCAUUACAAAGUGAGCGCGUUCCAGCUGCCUGCUACGGCCGCCCGCCAGUAUAGUGCCCUGUCAGCAGAGUCCAGCCGUAACCUGCUUAUUUGUUUCCUGUGGGUGUUGAAAAACGCCAAUGAAGAUGACCUGGAGAAGUGGUUUUCUGACCUGCCUGUGCUGCAGAUCAACCGACUCCUUGAGCUCCUGUAUCUCUGCGUGUCCUGCUUUGAGUAUAAGGGGAAGAAGGCUUUUGAGCGAAUAAACAGCCUAACCUUCAAGAAGUCCCAAGAUAUGAAAGCCCGUCUGGAAGAGGCCAUUCUGGGAACUAUUGGGGCCCGACAGGAGAUGGUCCGCCGCUGCAGAGAAAGAAGUCCUUAUGGGAAUCAGGAGAACGUUCGAUGGCGAAAGAACGUCACCCACUGGAAGCAGAACACUGACAAAGUUGACAAGACGAAGGCAGAAAUGGAGCAAGAGUCACUUGUGGAUGGGAACCUGGCCACAGAGGUCAUGCUGGUGGUCCUGGACACACUGGAGAUCAUUGUCAAGACGGUGAUGCUAUCUGAGACCAAGGAGAGCAUUCUGGGAGGCGUCCUGAGGGUGUUGCUGCAUAGUCUGGCCUGUAACCAGAGCGCCCUCUUUCUGCAGCACUGCUUUGCUACUCAGCGGGCUCUUGUGUUUAAGUAUCCAGAGAUGCUGUUUGAAGAAGACACAGAGCUGUGUGCCGACCUGUGCCUGCGGCUCCUGCGCCACUGUAGUAGCAGUGUAGGAUCAGUCCGUGGCCAUGCCAGCGCCUCCCUGUACCUGCUGAUGAGGCAAAACUUUGAGAUUGGCAACAACUUUGCACGGGUUAAAAUGCAGGUGACCAUGUCACUUUCCUCUUUGGUGGGGACGUCGCAAAACUUCAACGAGGAGUACCUGCGGCGUUCUCUCAAGACCAUACUGACAUACGCUGAGGAGGAUCUGGAUCUACGAGACUCUACCUUCCCAGAGCAGGUACAGGAUUUGGUCUUCAACUUGCACAUGAUCCUGACGGAUACGGUCAAAAUGAAGGAGCACCAGGAGGACCCUGAGAUGCUGAUUGACCUGAUGUACAGGAUCGCCAAAGGCUACCAGAGCUCGCCAGACCUCCGACUGACAUGGCUGCAUAACAUGGCAGGGAAACAUUCAGACCGGGGAAACCAUGCAGAAGCAGCACAGUGCCUAGUGCACUCGGCAGCCCUAGUGGCCGAGUACCUCAACAUGCUGGAGGACUGUCGCUAUCUGCCGGUGGGCUGUGUAACCUUCCAGAGUAUCUCUUCAAACGUCUUGGAAGAAUCGGCGGUCUCUGAUGACAUUCUAUCACCAGAUGAGGAGGGGAUCUGUGCUGGGAAAUAUUUCACAGAGUCUGGGCUUAUUGGGCUUUUGGAGCAGGCAGCUGCUUCCUUCACUAUGGGGUCCAUGUACGAGGCCGUCAACGAAGUCUACAAGCUGUUGAUUCCCAUUCACGAGGCCAACCGGGACUUCAAGAAGCUGAGCGUGUUGCACGGCAAGCUGCAGGAUGCCUUCAACAAAAUUAAUAACCAGAGCUCAGGCUGGGAGAGGAUGUUUGGCACUUAUUUCCGAGUUGGCUUCUAUGGCUGCAAAUUUGGAGAUCUGGAUGAACAGGAGUUUGUCUACAAGGAGCCAUCAAUCACUAAGCUAGCAGAGAUUUCCCAUCGCUUGGAGGAGUUUUAUGCUGAGCGCUUUGGUGAUGAGAUGAUUGAAAUUAUAAAGGAUUCCAACCCUGUGGACAAAGCCAAGUUGGACCCAAACAAGGCAUACAUCCAAAUCACUUAUGUGGAGCCUUUCUUUGACACGUAUGAGCUGAAGGACCGUGUCACGUACUUCGACAAGAAUUACAACCUGCGCACAUUCAUGUUCUGCACACCCUUCACACUGGAUGGCCGUGCGCACGGUGACCUCCAUGAACAGUACAAGCGUAAGACCAUCCUCACCACCUCACACGCCUUCCCUUACAUCAAGACGCGCAUCAACGUCACCCAGAAAGAGGAGAUCAUACUCAUUCCUAUUGAGGUGGCAAUUGAGGACAUGCAGAAGAAGACCCAGGAGCUGGCAUUUGCCACACAUCAGGACCCUGCCGAUGCCAAGAUGCUGCAAAUGGUGCUGCAGGGCUGUGUGGGCACCACUGUCAACCAGGGCCCCCUUGAAGUUGCCCAAGUCUUCCUGGCCGAUAUCCCUGAUGAUCCAAAACUGUUUCGACACCAUAACAAGCUGCGGCUGUGCUUCAAAGACUUCACCAAGAGGUGUGAAGACGCCCUCCGCAAGAACAAGACCCUGAUUGGCCCCGACCAGAAAGAGUACCACCGAGAGCUGGAGCGCAACUACCACCGGCUCAAGGAGGCCUUGAACCCCCUCAUCCACCGGAAGAUUCCACAGCUUUACAAGCCGGUCGUCUCACCCACAAGCCAGAGGAAUUCCUUCAGUCGAUCAAGCCUCCGAAAAGUUGAAGGUUGAAGAUGCUCCGAAUUUGUAAGCUGUGAAAAACGUUUGGAUCAUUUGGGCGCGGGGUUGAGACAUCUUGGAAGUGCAUAUGGCAUUUAUUUCUUGGCCCUGAAGCAGAGAUGGACCUGCCUUUGCUUUUAUUAAUCACUCAAAGCCCCCAACCCCCCCUCCACCACACCAUACCCCUUCCCUGAGCCCCACCCCCAUGGUUUGCGGGUGGCAUUCUUCUUCCGAAUUGACACGGAGGAAGGUGGACAAGGAGCUGCCUUCAUGGCAGAAGGGUGGAAUCUGCUCCUCAUCUUUGCACUACGAACAAUUGCUCUGUCCAAAGAAACCCACUGGAAAGCAGCUUGUAAUACUGGGGGCUCGACUUGUGCGGGGGGGAGGGUCUUAGUCGGGUGGAGGGUGCCUAAGGAGACCUGGCCAACAGUGCCUUCAUUUCAUGUCACCUUUUAGCCUUCAUUUCUGCUCUGGAGGAAGCUGGGAUGGAAGAUCAGAUACUAUAAGUGAAAGAGAAAACUGUCAUUGGCGCAGAAGAAGUUAGACCUCUGAAUAGACAGUGGAGCCCCCAAAGGCUCUCCUGAAGCCCUGUGCUCAAUGGAGUUCUAUCAGUCAGAAGUUUGACUUUCAAGUGUGUCAUGAAAUUUUGCCAUCGUGCUGCAGACUGGAAUACCACCAGUUCAGAUCCUUCAUUUAUAUUUCUAAGAAUUUGAGGAUUGGACAGGAAAUCAGACCGGAAUUCCACCUGUUAGAAGCUUGAGUCCCAGUGCAUAAUGGAAAUCUGUCAUCUCAGUGCUAACAGCAACUCUAUUAGUCUGAAAACCUGAUUACUAAUAACAAAUGGAAACUUCAUUUCCAAACAAAACUGGAAUUCUGUGAGACAAGGGAUUGGAUUCCUGAUGCAGACUGGAAUUCUGUCAGUCAGACGGAAGUCCUUAUUUCCCAGUGUGUAACCUAAUUGUGGCAGGUGAAGACUGGUAGACUGGAUUUGAGUCUGAUGGAAGAUUGCACUGGGAACCAGAAAGGAAUUCUGUCAAUUAGGAAAUUACAUCUCACUGCAGCUUGAAAUUCUGCCAGUUGGAUGCUUAAUUCCCAUUGCAGCCUCGAAUUCCACCAGUUGAAUCUAAAUAUCAACUGGAAUUUUGUCCACCAGAAGCAGGAUUCCCUGCUCACUGGAAUUCUAUUAGCCAGAACCAAGAUCACCACAGUAGACCGGAAUUCUCAGUCACAAGCUUAAUUCCAUGUAUACAAUGGAGUUCUGCUGCCCCAGAGUAGACUGAAAUUUCUCCAGUUCAAAUGGAAUUUUAUGAUUAAAAAGCUUCUUUCCCAGUGCUGACUGUAAUUCUGCCAAUUUGAAGAUUGUGUAUGGGCACCAGAUUGGAAUUCUGUCAGCCAGAAGCGCGCAGACUGGAAUUCUUUGAGUUGAACACUUGAUUGUCAAUGCAGACUGGAAUUCUUUUGGUUGGUGUUGUCAUUCCCAAUACUUCCUGGAAUUCCUCCAGCUGGAUGGUUAACAGCUCUCUGUGUUUCCAGUAUCAGCCAGGUCUCCUCAAGUAUGGAUGGCUUGGUGCCCUCAUGUCUGCUCCUGGCUGGAAUUCUUCGAAUUUGUUGCCCAUUCUAAGUUCUCUUAUGGAGUGACGCGUCCUGCAGUGACCGUGUAGUCUGGAAUCCUUGUCGGGUGUAGUGUGAUUCCCAGUACAGACUGCUUUUGCCCCCAUGUCCUGACACAAGGGAUCUGCUUUUCCUUCAGUUUUGUUUUCCAUCACCGAAUGAGGUACAUCAGACCUAGACACCCAAAGGUGUCCCCACUUCUAGUUUGUCGCAUCUAAAUAGGACAUCAGCCUCGUUCUGUUUCUUCUUUGGCGUUCUCCUUGUUAUUUAUUCCUAAUUAUUUCUGCAGCUGCAUUGAGGUUUUUCAAAUGCUGUGUACCAAGUGCACUUUUCCUUUACACCACUAAGUUGUGCUGUUGUGCAGAAAUAAAAGUGGGAGAGUGGCGUUUGGCCAGCA